GCGUAGCAAACAGUCUUCAUCUGAACAUCGGUUCGAACACACACGCGUUUUGCAAUUUAGUCACGCCAAAGUCGAUGAAGCUGCGUCGCUACAGUUAAAUAAGAAAUUUUUAACAUUACCGCAAAUUUUUUAUUGCAACAGUUUGCUGGAAACUAGUCGGACGUGUUUAUUUUCUGAUACGAUUCUUUGUCCCAGAGCGGAGAAGCGCCUACAAAGAAGCACACAAAUAUAUGUGCAAUUACAUACAUACAUACAUACAUUCGCUGAAGUGCAAGUCAGCGUGAUUUUGUGUAAUAGAGAGCUCAUAAAUAAAGAAUUAACUUUUGAAGAAAAAAAUAAUCAAGAAAGAAGAAAUUAAACAGCUUAAGAUUCUUGUGUUUGUAGCGCAUAACAAGUUCCUGAUUCAUUGUUUACGCCAAGUCGAAAGGUCACCGAAGACAGAGCGAUUUUUUGCUGUUUCAUUUAAUUUUUAUUACUUGAAAAAUUCUUAAACAUUUUUUUUAUGAUUUGUGUUGCUGAAUAAGCAGCGAAAAAGUGAUUGUGCAUUUAACAGUGUUGUUAUUGUGUUGCAACUCGAGAACAAGGAAGCCUGAAAAAAAUUGAAAGUUAAACUUGAAACUGAAAUUGAAACUGAAACUGAAAUUAAAACUGUAUCUUACAGCAGCUGUUAUUUUCCGCUUACUACAACCACAGAGAACUUAUAUGGACUUAUGAGUGGUGGCCUAUAUCGAUUUAUAGAGACAAACAUUGUUAAAUGAAGCAUCAGGCAUUCAUCCAGUUAGAAGGAAUAUAAAAAUAGUAACAAAACGCUGCCGGCAAUAGCAACGACAAUAGCAGGCAACAGCCGAGGGUGAACAGAAUUCAGCUAAAAUUGCAUGAACAGCCAGUGGGCGUACGACGGCGGCGACAAGUCAACGCCAACAUACACGCACGCAUUUUUACAAGUGCCAGUGAAUAGAGACAUUUUUACAUACAUAUACGCCUUUAUGCAUAAAUCAGAAGGGACAAGAGCCAAGUCGCAAUCGCCCCGAGAGAACGAAAACGAAAGCGAAGUCUACAACAACAGCAACAAUAGUGAAGCAUCGAAGUAAAGGCUUCCCUUUUUGCGUAGGCUUGCUGUCACUGCUACUAUUUUAAUACUAGCGCAGUAGCAAUAACAACAGCAACAACAACAACAGCAGCAGCAGAAAUAAUAUCAGUAAUACGCCAUUGCCAUAGCGACAACUAUCACUGCACCAGUGUUGAACUGAAUUGGUCUGCUUAACAUCAAUUGUAACACUUGACGAGACAAUAGACGAACCGGCGGGUGGUGAGUAGAAAGAAGAAAAAGAAGAAGAGGAAAACAACAAGUAGUAAAACAGUGUUGUGAACGAGCCCCUAGCAGCAAGUGCAGUGAAAGAAGUGACAUAAGAGAGAGAGCGGGUGAGAAGGUGAAAAGUGCUGUAGCAGCAAGAGGCAGAAUACCAAAACGAUAGUCAGCAACAUUGCAUGCACAUCAUUUUUGGAGCACAAAGACGUUGCAGCCAUUGAGGGACGUGGAAGCAACCAAAAAGAAUUAUUGCCAACUACACCCAGUGGGAGCACAGCACAGCACCGAGCAGCACAGUGAAUGAAUAGUGGCAGCGUCGACGCUCGCAACCAAGACUUGUCCCCAAGACCUUACCGAUAUAUACAUAGUAUAUAGCCAUUGUUGCUGUUGUUUGCAUAAGUGAGGCAUAAACAUUGGCGGCCAAGCACUAAACCAGCAACAGAAGUUGUAGUGGUAAAGGCAAAAGCGACGACAAUAACGAAGCGGUAAAAGUGCGAGAUAACAACAAGGGACAAGAUAACCGCUGAGCAAGGAGCCAGCACAUAGACAUACACACAUAUACAUAUUACCCUAGCAGAGGAAGACAUACGACGGAAAGUAGUAAAAAGUAACGAAAGAGGUAUUGGACUAUUGGACAUGCAACGCCACUGAAGUCGAGUGUAUACACUUGUACGCCAACCCAAGCCACCCACAUUGCACCACACAGCAAUACACAAAAAACAGAGAAAAAAGAAGGUAGAAAGGCAAAAAUAAAAAUAAAAACUCAAAAUAGCCAUUCCAGACGAACGCGUGCGCCAGAGUGUACAAAAACGAAGGUCGACGGCAAAGCAGCUGAAGAGCAUUGAACGCUGCGACUACUGGCUGCUGGCUCUGGUUACUGGCUGUUGACAGCAACAAACAUAACAACAUAGCUUCUGGUAGAGUGAAAACAACAACUCUAAGCGACACAGGGGUACGACACCCGCACGCACACUCACACUUACACACAACAAGAUAACCAAGUACGCGCUACACGCCACGCAUAGUGGCAUAUAGAACGUGUUACGUAUACGACACGACGUACCCACGUCGCACGACGACAAGUGUUGUGCAAGUGAACGAGUUUGCUCCCAUAUUACUGCUCAUUGUUGCUUUUGUUUUUCGUUUUUGAUUUUAUUUGGUGUGGUAGCAUAGAGUGUGACACUUUAAGAGCAAGCGACGACUACUAAUACAACUACAAAUACAGCAACAACAACAAUAAUAACAGCAGCGCCAGCGUACAAAAGCACGCCGCGCAAAUAAAAAGCAACAAAAAGGCAAAGAGAAAAACUUCAAAAAAUAAAAAAAUAAAAACCAACAACAACAACAAUCACUUUUAGUCUAGUACCUAGUAACAGUAGCAGCUACAAAACAUGGAUGCCGAAACAGAAGGUUUGCCACCCAACAACACCAUCGUGGAGGUGACAAGCAGCGAAACGGAUUUGGCAACCCGACGUCGCCUCUUCAAGACACAGCCGUCGACAUUGGCCUCCCGGCGACAACAGGCGGUGUGUGUGCGAAGGGCGCACAAAAUGUAUGGAAAUAGCAAAAAUCCGAAUGUCGUGUUGGAUGGCCUGAAUAUGACUGUUCCUAAGGGCUGCAUUUAUGGCCUUUUGGGCGCUUCAGGUUGCGGUAAAACAACGCUACUUUCUUGCAUCGUAGGCAGACGUCGCUUGAAUUCCGGCGAGAUAUGGGUACUCGGUGGACGGCCAGGUUCCAGAGGUUCCGGAGUGCCAGGGCCGCGUAUCGGAUACAUGCCUCAAGAAGUCGCACUCUAUGGCGAGUUCACUUUGCGCGAAACACUAAUCUACUUCGGCAUAAUUGCGGACAUGCCCCGUAACGAAAUCGAUGACCGCACUGAGUUUUUGCUCAAAUUUCUGAAUCUGCCAAAUGGUUCGCGACAGGUAAAAAAUCUAAGUGGUGGACAGCAGCGCCGCAUGAGCUUGGCAGUGGUCUUGUUGCACGAACCGGAGUUGCUGAUACUUGACGAGCCAACCGUGGGCGUAGAUCCCGUGUUGCGCCAGAGUAUCUGGGAUCAUCUGGUUGACAUAACAAAAACUGGGAAUACAACUGUGAUAAUCACAACUCACUACAUCGACGAGUGCGCUCAGGCACAUGUGAUCGGCCUCUUGCGUGGCGGUCGCAUGCUUGCCGAGGAGGCGCCUAACUUUUUGCGCCAACAAUACAAUGCCAACUCACUGGAGGAGGUCUUUCUGAAGUUAUCGGUAAUGCAGAAUAUGGGACGGCGGCGUCGUUCUUCGAUUGCGCAGGAAAUUGUCGAACAAGUGCAAGUGCCAGCGAUUUCCAAUCCAGCAUUGGACAUGUCGGAUGAGCAUAAUACGGCCGAUAUCUCUGGUGAAUUUGGUGAUAACAUAUCAAUGAACUCGGCAAUACGUGAUCCGAUAACGGCAUCGGAGGUGCCCGCACUACCACUCCCUCCGGAAAAGGAAUCGCAAGCAACGCUAUGGCAGCACUUGGAUGUGAUCAGUUCGCAUCAUAUGCGUGCGCUAAUGUGGAAGAAUUUCUUGUGGAUGUUGCGCAAUGUGGGCAUAAUGCUCUUCAUUGUCGCUUUACCGGUCGUGCAAAUCAUACUUUUCUGCUAUGCUAUCGGCCACGAUCCAACUGGUCUCAAGGUGGCUGUCGCAAACGGUGAACUCUCCGAACAAAUGGUAAUCGAUCAAUUUUGUCCAGUCUAUCCGGGUUGUAAUCAAACGCAUUUGAGUUGCCGCUAUCUGGAUUUGUUGAAGAGGAAUAAAAGCAUGGAAGUGAAAUAUUUCCAAACUGAGGCCGAGGCCAACGAAGAUGUGCGUCUCGGCAAUGCUUGGGCGGCAUUGGUUUUUGAUCAGAACUAUACGAAAUCAUUGAACGAACGCGUGGAAAGUGGACGAUAUGCCGAUAAUGCGACUAUUGAUGCUUCAGACGUUAAUGUACGCCUGGAUAUGUCAAAUCAACAAAUAUCUACAUUGCUAUAUCGCGAUCUUCAGUACACCUUCUUCGAUUUCGUCGAACUCAUACUCACCGACUGUGAAUUAAAUGAGAAGAUCGGCCGUAUACCAAUCGACUGGAGAGAUCCCAUUUACGGCACACGCAGUCCGAAUUUCACUGACUUUGCUGCACCUGGCGUCAUAUUGACCAUCAUUUUCUUCCUAUCGGUGGCCAUCACAUCGGGUGCCAUGUUGAUUGAACGCAACGAGGGCAUGUUGGAACGUUGCCUGGUGGCGGGCAUUACCGGCCCCGAGAUACUCUUCUCCCAAGUACUCUCACAAUUCACUGUCGUAUUGCUGCAAAUGUCCUGUGUACUAUUAGUCAGCUUCGGUUUCUUCGACUUGACCAACGAAGGCAGCAUUUGGCUAGUGAUUGGUCUCUGCCUCCUCAAUGGGUUGUGUGGCAUGUGUUUUGGUUUUGUGAUUGCUUGCGCUGUGGACACAGAACGUACUGCGACCUAUGUGGCAAUGGGCUCAUUCUUGCCAAUAGUAAUGUUGUGCGGCAUAAUUUGGCCAAUUGAGGGCAUGUAUCCGGUAUUGAAGUUUAUUGCCACUAUCUUGCCAUUGACCAAACCCACCGAGAGCCUGCGUUCGGUACUACAACGCGGUUGGGGUUUCUCCGAACCAUCUGUGUAUAACGGUUUCAUCUCGAUAUCCAUAUGGGUGCUGGUCUUUCUGGUGCUCAGCAUAUUGUUCCUCAAAUUCAAGAAGGGCUGAGCAUGCAUAGUGGCUGCGCUGCGUGUUUGUGCAUGUGCGUGUAUCGGUCUGCUAGGCUGUGCAGCAUGGAGCACACGGAAAUGCGCUUUAUGCUAUUUUUCGGUUACAGGGUUACAGUGAACAAACAAAAUUACCUAAAUUAAACAGUUAUAUAUAAUAAAAUAAAGUUAAUGCGAUAGUAGUACUUUUAUGUACGUAUUUGUGUAUGUACAAUGUGUAGCUUUACAAUUCGUUUAAUGCCUAUUUUAAUGUGUUAAUUUCUUGGGGGAAAUUCGCUCUGUGUUGGCGUCCAUUGCGUUGGCAGUCGCCACAGCAAACCAUGAUUUUUUUCACUUAUUUUUUAUUUUUAUUUUAUUUGAUUUUAUUUGUAGAUUUUGUAGAUUUAAGGCAAGAGGAUUUUAUUGUACUAUAUAAAAUGUAAAUUAUGUUUAAAUGGGUUAAGUAAAAUGUCAAAAAAAAGAAGAAAAAUCAAGUAUAUGUACAAAUAUCAAAUCUACACAUACUUAUAUAUACAUAUAUUUGUAUGUGUGUGCUUGUAUGGAUUGUAGUAGUAAUUUAUGCAAUAAAAUUUAUACUCACAACGAUGAUAACGGUUUAUUUAUAA